AUUGUGUUUUCCUUUCUGCAUCGAGUUGAACAGGAGUCUGUAGCCCCGUGUGAGAGAGAGGCAGGCUCGCUGUACAGACACAGGAGAAAUGGCUUUGCCGAAGACAGUUACCAUUGUAGCCCUUUCCAUUGCUCUGGGGCUCUUCUUUGUGUUCAUGGGAACCAUCAAACUCACCCCAAGACUAAGCAAAGAUGCGCACAGUGAAAUGAAACGAGCCUAUAAAAGUUACGCCAAGGCUCUCCCGGCGUUGAAGAAGAUGGGCAUCAGCUCCGUUCUGCUGCGGAAGAUCAUUGGCUCGGUGGAGUUGGCAUGUGGCAUUGUGUUGACCCUGGUUCCAGGGAGGCCAAAGGACGUGGCCAAUUUCCUCCUCCUCCUGGUCAUGCUGGCCGUUCUCUUCUUCCACCAGCUAGUGGGGGACCCCCUCAAGCGCUAUGCCCACGCCUUGGUCUUCGGGAUCCUGCUAACCUGCCGGCUACUGAUCGCCCGCCAGACCGAGGAGCGGGCAGACAGCAGCGAAAGCAGGAACGGACAGGUGGACUCACAGGAACAGAAUAAAGUGAAGGUGUCCUAGUCUCCAGAGCCCCGGCCUGAGCCCUGCUGAGACGAGGCACGGCAGUCAUUGAGAGACCAUCAAAGUGAAGCUGCAGCUUUCCCAUCCGGCAGACUGCUGUCAAUUUCUCCAGAUAUGUAAUUCUCUCCUGAACAGUUAAAACAGCUUAACUCUCCUAUUGUAAGAACAUCUUACCACCUUCCUAUAAAAAAAGACUUUUAAAGCUGCAGUGUCUCCUUUUCUUUACUGAACUAUAUGCACACAACAAUUUAUAUAACAAAAUGCCUCUUAUUCACAUGCUACUUUGUAGCUUACAUCUUGAGUUUUGGUCUUUAAAAUACUGGUAAGUAUCAAGGGGAUAUUUUUUGUUCAGCUGUACAGUCAUUUCUAAUCAAUGUCUUUUAACCGUAGCGAACACAUCUGAAAAAACUGAAUUUUCUUUAUAGUCUCAAAAAUGAACACUGCGACUUUAAACACAACCUAGAUACAGAGGUUUUCAAAAAGAGACAGUUGUAAGAACAUGCUUUUGAGGGCGUGCUGUAUGUUCCUGCUUGUGAUCUUCUCCCUUCACUCUCCCCUCUUGGUACUGCAUCCCAGUAAGUCUGCACACAGCAGUAAAGGGAUGCUCUCCUCAAUCUAGUCUAGUUUGUAUGUAUGGGAGUGAAAUUGACAGUAUGUCGAGUCUGCAGCGUUGUAUCUAAUAAAUUGCUUUAGUGUCAGAAAUGCAUUUCCAGCUUUACAGUUCAGUUCCUGCAUUGAUUGAAAAGUUAAGUGAAAAAAGCAAUUUGGCCGUUGCUGCUGCUGAAGGACUUUAAUGUAAAACUUUAAAUGCAAUUUUAUGCCAAGACAACAAAAAAUAAUAUAUUUUUUUUAAUGUACAUAUUGUUUUAUGAUUGCUGACCUGAAACUGUAAUUUAUCAGCUUGAUACAGGAAGUUGCUGGCAAAGAAAUACUGUGAACAAACAUCCAGACAGGAAGUGGUGGUUCUCUGAUAGACAGGUGGUGUGAUAGCAGACUAAAAUAGGGGACUUGUAAUUUCAUUUAAAUGAUACCUGAGCACAGAUCAAUUCCAAUAAAGUACCAUAUUUCAGUUUGAACUAAACAAUGUUGUCAGUAGAAGAAAUCCAAACUGUGUUUGUUUAUGUUUAAUUCAGAAGCUUAUUCUAUACGAAAAACAAUAUUCAAAGAAAUAUAAUUCUGUACGUAGCUCUCCACUCAUGGGAAAUCACUGGUCCUGUUCAUAAUUGGGAAUUGGUACAGUAUGUGGUUAUUUUGUAAUAUUUCCAGUAGGUGCUGUAUCGCCUGCAAAAAAUAUCAACUUGAUAAAAAAACAAUGUGAUCACCUUUA